GGGCCGGUCUUGUGGCAGCGUCUGCAGAAUUGAUGCGCUUGUGCAGGCCCCGAGUGCGGGGGCGCGCGUGCAGGAGAGGGGUGCAAAAGUGCGGUAGCUGUCAGCACCAGCCUGGGUAGAAAAGGCUCAGACCCUGUCCUCUAUCUCUGGAGUCCCUGUUCGUCCCAAGCCCGGAACCACAGACAUGGCCCCCGGCAGCCGGAGCCCCUCGUCCCAGGAGUUGGUGACAAUCAAGGAUAUUAUGGUGGACUUCACUGAGGAGGAGUGGGGUCUCCUGGACCUUUCCCAGAAGAAGCUGUACAAGGAGGUCACGCUGGAGAAUGUCCAGAAUCUGCUGUCCCUGCAUGUAGAAACUGGGUUUACAGUAAAUGAGAUGAGUAAAAAGCUGAAAAUUUUUAUGGAAGAACUGUACCUGCAAAAAUUCAUGGAUGAUGGUCCCUGUGAUUUCAAUUUGAAGGAAUUGCAUGAUUUUAUUCUCAAAGCAGAUAGAUACCUAAAGAAUGAUUGUGAAUUGUAUGAAAUUAGAAAGAGAUUCAGAUGGUCUUCUAUCCUAAAGCACUGUAAGAAAAUGACCUCCGGAAGUGAUUAUAUUCAAGGUAGUAAAUGCAAGAAAUGCUUCACUGAAGAAGUAGAGCCAAUAUAUCCAGGUAAUCAAUGGGAUAUAGUUGUGAAGUACAGUUCAGACCUCAAUGGCCCUCAGAAAAGUGAUACUGAAGAAAUGAUUUCCAUAAGUAAUAAAAGUGAGAAGGCUGUCAGUCAAAACUCAAAUCUCCUUACUCAUCAGCAAAUGUAUAUUAGAAAAGAAACUGAUGAGCAUAAUGUAUGUGAAGCUACCUCAUCCUAUCACUCAUCUCUUCCUUACCACCCUGGAAUGAAAAGAUCUAGCUAUGAUCAGUGUGGGAUAGCUGUUGGUUGGAAUCCAGUUCUUGCUAGCCUUCAGAAGGCUCAUAAUGGAGAAGCAUCUCAUAAAUGUACUGAAUGUGGGAGAGCUUUCUAUGACAGAUCAUUUCUGCUUGACCAUCAGAGAAUCCACAUUAGAGAGAAGCCUUAUUUAUGUCUUCAGUAUGGAAAUCCUUCCAUAUGCAAUCAAGGUGGAGAAAAUUGUAUAGAUAUUUCUAGUCUAGCAAAACAUAAGAAAACUCACAUUGGAGAGAAGGCUUAUGAAUGUAAUCAAUGUGGAAAGACUUUUAGACGCAGCUCCCAUCUUGCUAGACAUCAAGGAAUCCACACUGGAGACAAACCUUUUAAAUGUAAUCAGUGUGGAAAGGCUUUCAUAAGUAAUUACAAGCUUGCAGAACAUCAGAGAAUCCACACUGGAGAGAAGCCUUUUACAUGUAAUGAAUGUGGAAAGGCUUUCACACGCAGUGACAGUCUUGUUGCCCAUCAGAGAAUCCACACUGGAGAAAAACUUUUUAAAUGUAAUCAGUGUGGAAAUGCUUUCCCCACGAGGCGAAUUCUUUCUGAACAUCAGAGAAUCCACACUGGAGAGAAACCUUUUAAAUGUAAUCAGUGUGGAAAGACUUUCAGAUAUAAUUACAUCGUUGCAGAACAUCAGAGAAUCCACACAGGAGAGAAACCUUUUAAAUGUAAUCAUUGUGGAAAGGCUUUCACACGCAGUGCCAGUCUUGCUUUACAUCAAAGAAAGCACACUGGAGAGAAACCUUUUAAAUGUAAUCAGUGUGGAAAGGUUUUCACACAGAGAUCCAGUCUUGCUUUACAUCAUAGAAAGCACACAGGAGAGAAACUUUUUAAAUGUAAUCAAUGUGGAAAUGCUUUCACACAGAGAUCCAGUCUUAUUUUACAUCAAAGAAAGCACGUUGGAGAGAAACCUUUUAAAUGUAAUCACUGUGGAAAGGCUUUCACAUGGAGUGUCAGUCUUGCUUUACAUCAGAGAAUCCACACUGGAGAGAAACCUUUUAAAUGUAAUCAUUGCGGAAAGGCUUUCACAUGGAGUGUCAGUCUUGCUUUACAUCAGAGAAUCCACACUGGAGAGAAACCUUUUAAAUGUAAUCAUUGUGGAAAGGCUUUUAGAUCCAGCUCAAGUCUUGCUAAACAUCAGAGAAUCCACACUGGAGAGAAACCUUUUAAAUGUAAUCAUUGUGGAAAGGCUUUCACACAAACUGCAGGUCUUGCUAAACAUCAGAGAAUCCACACUGGAGAGAGACCUUUUAAAUGUAAUCAUUGUGGAAAGACUUUCACACAGAGCUCCAAUCUAGCUAAACAUCAGAGAAUCCACACUGGAGAGAAACCUUUUAAAUGUAAUCAUUGUGAAAAGACUUUCAUACAGAGUUCCAAUCUUGUUUUACAUCAGCGAAAGCACACAGGAGAGAAACCUUUUGAAUGUAAUCAAUGUGGAAAGCGUUUCAGUUGCAAAUCAAGACUUGCUAGACAUCAGAGAAUCCACACUCAAGAGAAAUCUUUUAAAUGUAUUCAAUGUGGAAAGGCUUUCAAAUUCUCCUCCAGUCUUGUUACACAUCAAAAAAUUCACACUGAAGAAAAGCCUUUCAAAUGUAAUCACUGUGGAAAAGCUUUCAGACAGAGUUCUAGUCUUGCUUUACAUCAGAGGAUCCACACUGGAGAGAAACCUUUUAAAUGUAAUCAGUGUGGAAAGGCUUUUACAAUGAAGUGCAAUCUUGCUAGACAUCAGGGAAUCCAUGUUGGAGAGAAAUCUUUUAAGUGUAAUCAGUGUGGAAAGGUUUUCACAAAGAGUUCCAGUCUUGGUUUACAUCAGAGAAGGCAUACUGGAGAGAAACCUUUUAAAUGUAAUCAGUGUGGAAAGGUUUUCAUAACCAAAGCCAUUCUUGGCAUACAUCAGAGAAUCCACACUGGAGAAAAGCCAUAUGAAUGUAAUCGUUGUGGAAAGGCUUUCACAUUCAAGGGAGAUCUUAUCCAACACCAGAAAAUCCACUCUGGAGAGAAACCUUUUGAAUGUAAUCAAUGUGGAAAGGCUUUCAUAAAGAGAGCCAGUCUUGCUUUGCACCAGGGAAUCCACACAGGAGAAAAGCCUUAUAAAUGUAAUCAGUGUGGAAAGGCUUUCACACGCAAGGGAGAUCUUAGCAGACAUCAGAAAAUCCACACUGGAGAGAAGCCUUUUAAAUGUAAUCAAUGUGGAAAGGCUUUCGUACGUAAUUACAGCCUUGCAAAACACCGGAGAAUCCAUGUAGUUUCUCCUAAAGCCCUAUAAAUGGAAUUGAUUUGGAAAGGCUUUCAUAUGCAAGAGAGAUCUUACCAGACAUCAGAAAUUCCACCCUGGAGAUAAACAUUUUAAAUGUAAUCAAUGUGGAAAGAUUUGUGAAAGAAUACAGUGCCUGUCUUGCUAGACACCAGAGAACUCACACUGGAAAGAAACCUUUUUAAAGUAUUCAGUGUGUAAAGGCUUUUGCACAGAAGUGAAAUCUUGUUGAACAUCAAAGAACCCACAAUGGAGAGAAACACUUUGUAGUCAGUGAGGAAAGGAUUUCACACUACGGUCUUUUCUAGCUGCACAUCAGAGAAUCCAUCCUGGAGAGAAAACUUAUAAAUGAAAUUAAUGUGCAAAGGCAUUCAGCUACAAAUCCAAAAUUGGCAAACAUCAGAGAAUCCUCACUAAAGUGAAGCAUUAUGAUAAUAAUAAAUGUGAAAUGAUUCUACAAAGAAUUCCCAUCUGGCUGUAUAUGAGACAAUCCACACUGGAGAGAAACCUUAUAAAUGAAUUCAAUGAGGGAAGGCUUUAGACAAAUAGUCCUGCUCAACAUCACAGUAGCCACACUGGAGAGAAAUGUUUUGAAUGUAAUCAAUGUGAAAUGAUUUCAUUCUGAGCUGGAAUCUUUCUAAAUAUUAGACAAUCGACACUGGAACCAAAACCUCAUGAGUAUGGUGAAUAUAGCACAGCUUUGAUCUAUCAUUCUGAGCCUAUUUAAGAGAAGAGGGUCCUUGUAAUGUUCUGGUUAGCUUUCUGGAAGUCUUUGGACCAGGAUUUGUUUCAGCUGAGUAAUCAUCCUUAGAAUAGCUAGAGAUAAAGUCCAAAAGUUUUUAUUGUCUCCCUCACAAUCUAUCUCUCUGCCUGCAGCUCAGCUGGCUUUCUGAAGGCCCUUCAGAUGGGCAUUGGUCUCAGGGGAGAAAAUGCAGGAGAGUCACCAGGACAGUCUCUAUCUUGAAGCUUCUCUGAGCCUGAGGGCUUGAGCUUCAGCUUCCAGUUUUCUGUAUACUCCGAGUCUCUUAGGGUCCUCCUCUAGGUCUGACUCUGACCUCUUAAAUACUCCAUUACAAUUAAAUCCAUUCAUUAUGCUGCGUAUAAGCCAAUCAUUAUAUCACUAGGGAACCAUUAUUUGUUGUAAGAUGAAUUCAAUUAUACUGAACUAGAGAACUAUUAAUCACCAUGCUAAACUAGAUAACCAUUUUCUUAUCAAUUCCACUCAGUUAACACCUUCUUGUAAGAAUCCUUGCUUCAAGUACAUUUCUCCAGAAUUCUGGCUCAUUACAGCUUUCCACUUGAAGGAGAUCAUAUUCACAUGACCAACUUAGUAAUACUUUCUAGGACCAAUCAUCUCUUAUUUCCCACCUCAGAGUUCAUGUAGGACAAAAAUCUGAUCAUUGUCAUGGACAAGGAAAGAUACUCAAAUGGAAUUCAGAGAUCAACCUGAGCAGCAGAUUCUUGGGCAUUCAGUGUGGGAAGGCUUUCAAGCAGAAAUCAUACUUUCUCUCUGAGGAUUCAUGGAAAAAUCUUAGAAAUGGUUCAUGUGGCUGUGCUUUUUCCUGCAAGAGGGUGUUCAGCAGACAACCUUAUUGCUAGUGAAAGGAAGAAGGAUAAAGACCAUGCUUGUAGAGCUGAUUCUUGACUCUCCUCAGGAGAAAUUCUACUAGAGAUGAAAUUUGGAGUUCUCAUUCACAAGGGAAGGCCUUCUUCUGCAGCCCAGCCUUCAUUAGACUUUGAAGAGAAUGAAAUAGUCAUAAAAUAGCUCAAAUUUCCAUCCUGUUAUGAGGGAGGGGAAUCACAGAGGACAGCCUGCAGGAGUAACUGAGGCAGAGUUCUGACUCCCAAAUCCUGUAAUAGAGGAGUCUGGUUCUCUCCCAACCAAGUAGACCCCAGACCUGGCUCUCCCAUCUGAGGCGCUCCUUCUUUCAGGGGCUCUGUUACAGGAAUACAAGUAUCCUAUCAAUAGAACAGCAUUUCAUUGGUUACUGUAAAGUGCAUUGGCUAAAAUAUGGAUACCCUCAGGGCCAGGGGGUUUCAGGAUGCCCAGUGCAUCCACUGACUAGAUGGUCAUAAACUGGAUGAUGUCCCUUGGCUUGGGCCAGGGAAGAUGGGGCCUUUUAGUGUUCAAGAGAUGAAUGAGCCAUUCCUGGGGUUGGACAAGUGCAGAUUACACAUCCCCAAGAACAUUUCAGGGAGAACUUGGGGGUUUUCCACCAUGACAGGUUGGCCUGUAGGGAAACAGGAUGGAGAGAGUUCUUGUUGUUAUUCUCACGUUAGUGAACUUAGGGAAGUCGGCCUUCCCUAUGGAAAUAGUUUCUAUUAUACAAGCCUGAAGCCUGCCCAAAGCCUCCAGCAGAAGGUCCAUUCCUACAUAAUUCCUACAACAGUGAAUUGUUCAUCGUUGUCCUUACUAUCAAAUGACUAUUAAAUAUUACUAAAUGAAAAAUCAGGAACAGUCCUUGGCUACCAUAAAAUCAUAAUGGACUGAUUAAUACUGAUGCAGGGUUGAGGGGGGGGUCCCCAGUAAGUCAUCUGUCUCACUGUGCAUAAAACUCCGUACAUGUAAUGGUUUUUGUCUCAAAUCCUGAUGUUCGUCAGGGCUCCUCGAUUGUUCCUGAUGGUCACAGACUAUGAUUCCUUUAGCCAUUCCCCAAUUACUUGGUGUUUGCUUUUUUUCUGUGGUUUCUGCCACAAAAUAUCCUUGUAAAAAUGCUUUGCUAACCAGACAUGAAAUUCUGUAAUCUGUAAACCACUCGGUGGCAACCUGGAUUAAAUGUUGUGUUUGAAUCCCCAAGGGCCGAGUUCCAGUUCCUUCUCUGGCCCUUUCAGGCUGUAUAUUGUAUGUAGGUCUGUCAUGUAACCUGGUCCUGCCCAAGUUUCCCCAUCUGUAGAAUGGGGAGAACAAGGGCAUCUGCUUCCCGGGGUGGGGAUGAGGAUUACAUUGGACAGUAAUUAUGAAACACUUUGCAAACAUGAAAUCACUAUGGAAA